GCAGGCGAAGGCGUAGUGGGCGAACAGCAUUAAAAGGAGGGCACCCCCCUUGGCUCUGCUGCCGAGUGUUUUCUCUUCUCUACGUCUCCGAGCGAACUCGACCUCCUGCGAGCUCCGAUUAAGAAAGAAAGAUGCAUUCGACGAACCUUCUCUUGGAAGAGCCCAUCAGAAUGGUCUCCAUUCUCCAGCCAUCGAAGCCGAGUUUCUUUCCUGCCAUGACCAAGAUCGUGGGGACGCUCGGCCCCAAGUCCCGGUCCGUGGAGGUGAUCUCCGCCUGCCUAAAGGCCGGGAUGUCGGUGGCACGGUUCGACUUCUCGUGGGGGGACGUCGACUAUCACCAGGAGACCCUGGAAAAUCUCAAAGCAGCUAUCAAGGGCACCAAAAAGUUGUGCGCCGUCAUGUUGGAUACAGUGGGUCCAGAGUUGCAGGUGGUGAACAAAAGUGAGAAAGCCAUCUCACUCGUGGCUGAUAGUCAUGUUGUUCUGACACCAGAUCAGGAGCAAGAAGCUUCAUCAGAUCUGUUGCCUAUAAACUUUAUUGGAUUAUCAAAGUCGGUGAAGCCGGGAGACACAAUUUUUAUCGGCCAAUACUUGUUCACUGGAAGUGAAACUACUUCUGUUUGGUUGGAGGUUGCUGAGUUGAAAGGGGAUGAUGUAGUCUGCAUAAUUAAAAACUCUGCUACUCUGGCUGGGUCACUCUUCACUCUGCAUAUCUCUCAAAUCCAUAUUGAUUUGCCAACACUUACUGAAGCUGAUAAAAAUGUGAUAACCACAUGGGGUGUUCGCAACAAAAUUGAUUUUCUUUCUUUAUCUUAUACAAGGCAUGCAGAAGAUGUUCGGAAAGCUCGGGAAUUCCUGUCAAAGUUAGGUGAUCUCCACCAAACUCAAAUAUUUGCAAAAAUUGAUAACAUAGAGGGUCUUACCCACUUUGAUGAAAUUCUACAAGAAGCAGAUGGCAUCAUUCUGUCACGUGGGAAUCUUGGAGUAGAUCUCCCUCCUGAGAAGGUGUUUUUGUUCCAAAAGGCUGCUGUCUACAAGUGUAACAUGGCUGGAAAGCCUGCAGUCAUCACUCGUGUGGUUGAUAGUAUGACCGGCAAUUUGAGACCUACUCGUGCAGAAGCAACUGAUGUGGCGAAUGCAAUACUUGAUGGAAGUGAUGCAAUCCUUCUGGGUGCUGAAACACUUCGAGGAUUGUAUCCUGUUGAGACCAUUUCUACUGUGGGUAGAAUCUGUUAUGAGGCAGAGAAAGUUUACAACCAGGAUUUGUACUUCAAGAAAGCUAUGAAAUAUGUUGGAGAACCAAUGACCCAUCUGGAGUCCAUUGCUUCAUCAGCUGUACGUGCGGCCAUUAAAGUCAAGGCUUCUGUGAUAAUUUGUUUCACUUCAUCUGGAAAAGCUGCAAGGUUAAUUGCUAAAUAUAGGCCCACCAUGCCUGUACUAUCUGUGGUCAUCCCUCAGCUUAAAACAAACCAACUUCGGUGGAGUUUCAGUGGUGCUUUUGAAGCUAGACAAUCUCUCAUAGUUAGAGGCCUUUUUCCCAUGCUUGCUGAUCCCCGUCAUCCUGCUGAGUCAACUAGUGCCACCAAUGAGUCAGUUCUGAAGGUUGCUCUCGAUCACGUCAAGGCCUCUGGUCUGAUCAUGCCUCAUGAUCGAGUCGUGGUGUGCCAGAAAGUAGGGGAUGCUUCCGUCGUGAAGAUCAUCGAGUUAGAGGAUUAAAGAGCUGUUUCCCUUUCAAACUUCCAGUGCGCUGGCAGUGAGCUAUCACUAAUUUUGUCUUUUUUGUUUUUGAGAGUUCACCAAAGAAAACACAAUUUAUCCAACUAUAUCUAUAGUUGGUAAGAGUUUUAAAUUGGUAUGCUCGUUAGGUUUGCGAAAACCAGUAUACAAGUUGCAUUUAAGGUGUAUGCAAUUGAGAAAUUCCACUGUUUUUUUGCUGUAAUAUUGCGACAAUCUCCUCUCUGAGAUAGAGAUUGUUGCAGAUUGAAGUUAUCUGGUAACAUUUUUCUGA